AUGUAUCACCAGCGAAGGCUCGCACGCGCUUCUGCGGCAGUCUCCGCCCUGCUCUUCUUCCAGCCAUGCAUCGCACGUGCUACCAUCGAGCUGGCUGCUCCAGCUGCCGUUUGCUCUAACGUGACAUCAAACCAGGCAUACGACUACAUCAUUGUAGGCUCUGGAGCUGGCGGGAUUCCAUUGGCAGAUCGGCUCACAGCCGCGGGUCACACCGUUCUCCUAAUUGAAAAGGGACCACCCUCGACUGGUAUCUGGGGUGGUACCAUGAAACCUGCAUGGCUCAGUCAGACCUCGCUAACACGCUUCGAUGUGCCUGGCCUCGCGAACGAGGUCUGGUUUAACCCGACGGGCGUGGUAUGCACGGAUGUAGACCAGAUGGCCGGGUGCGUUCUCGGUGGCGGCGUCGCGGUGAAUUCAGGAUUGUGGUGGAAACCGCAUCCUGCCGAUUGGGACUAUCUCUGGCCGCAAGGAUGGAAAAGCGAGGAUUUGGCCGCGCCUACGGACCGAGUGUUCGAACGCAUUCCCGGCACGACGACCCCGAGUACGGAUGGGAAACUAUAUCUCCAACAAGGGUUUGAUAUGAUGACGAGUGGUCUGAAUGCGAGUGGUUGGAAGUAUGUCGUCCCCAACGACCAUCCCAAUGAGAAGAAUUUUACGUACGGCCAUGCUACUCACAUGUUCUCGAAUGGAGAAAGGGGCGGCCCCUUAGCAACCUACUUAGUGUCGGCUAGCAAACGUAAGGAAUUUACCCUGUGGAUGAACACUACGGCAAAGCGAGUAGUGCGCACAGGUGGUCGGGCCACGGGUGUCGAAAUCGAAUGCAGCCCGAAUGCAGAUGGGCAUGCUGGCGUAGUGUCAGUAACCCCGGGUACUGGCCGCGUGAUCUUAUCAGCUGGUGCUUUUGGAACGGCCAAAUUACUUUUCAGAAGUGGGAUUGGACCAACCGAUCAGCUCAACAUCGUUAAGAAUUCCAAGGACGGCCCCACGAUGACCUCGUCGGACUCGUGGAUUAAUCUCCCAGUUGGGUACAAUCUAGAUGACCAUGUCGGCACUGACAUCGAAGUUACCCACCCUAGUGUUGUAACCUAUGACUGGCACGGCGCUUAUGUCAAGCCUGUAGCCAGCGAUGCAGAGGCAUAUCUAGCGAAUCGCACCGGCAUCCUGACACAAGCUGCGCCCAAUCUGGGUCCCAUCUUCUGGGAAAUCAUCCCGGGGGCAGAUGGUGUUGAAAGGCAUCUGCACUGGCAGGCGCGUGCCGACGGCAUAACACGAAACUCUAUGACCAUCACGCAAUAUCUUGGCACGGGCGCGAAGUCACGCGGGCGCAUGGUUAUCACCGCUGCGCUGAACACCCGCGUCGCCGUCGCUCCGUACCUCAUUGAUGCCGGCGACAAGGCAGCCGUCAUCAAGGGCUUAGAAAAUUUGCAGCGAUAUUUCGCGUCCAUCCCGAACUUGACGUGGCUCCGGCCCGGGCCGAAGCAAGAUGCCACGACGUUCGUGAACUCGAUCCCUGCAACCACCGCGUUCCGCUGCUCGAACCACUGGGUCGGGACGGCUAAGAUAGGGCUGGAUGAUGGGCGCAAGAACAACGGCACCGCGGUGGUCGACACUGAUACUAAGGUCUACGGUAUGGACAACCUGUUCGUUGUCGACGCGUCUAUCUUCCCUGGCAUGAUGACGGGUAAUCCGUCUGCUAUGAUCGUAAGCGCGUCUGAAUAUGCCGCGGAUCGUAUCCUUGCUCUGAAGGCGAGUGCGUCUUAG